UUUCAUUGUCGGGAAGAGCCGCACAUGAACAAAGUGAAAGUUAAAUGUUACUCAAACAGCACAACUGUAUCUCUGAGUUGGCAGCAGCAUUUCGUGCACUCGUUCUGAACACUACAACGUGGUCAGGGAAACAUCAGUUCCUGCAGUAAAUAAUCUUUGCCUCCAUCUGAUCACAGCUUUACUCCACACCCCAAAACGUGUCAACACAAGUGACUCAGCCACUGAGUCAAUCGGAGACUGACUUCAACUCGCAACGCGGAGAAGCGUCUGAUGAGCUAGUGCUUUCGAACAAGUGCAGUUGUUCCAGGAGCUGAGACCUCAGUGAAAACCCUGGUCCAUCCUGUCCCGAUAGUGAUUCCCCCUCGGCUGGAUCACAGACAUUUCAUGUACAGGUGAUACAGGAUUGGAUUGUGUGGAACAAUGAGUCACGGAGAAAGCGUGGUGAUGGAACAGGCAGCUCUGGGCCGUCCUUUCCAACUGGGAAUGCUGUACGACUGCCGAUCUGACUGUCUGAUCCCAGGGGUCACACUGUGGGAUUUAGAGAAAUUACAACCUCACGUACAAUCUCAGCGUAACACUGAGUUUCACAUCAUUGCAUCUGACUCCACUGAUAAAAAAGCCUCUGCACUGAAUGUGGAUGGAUCACUGAAAGCAAGUUUCCUGGGUGGUUUGGUGGAGGUGACAGGAUCAGCGAAGUAUCUCAACGACACAAAGAAAUCGAGGCAACAGGCCCGAGUGACCCUCCAGUACCGAACAACAACCAAGUUUGAGCAGCUGACAAUGAACAGCUUGGGGCAACAGAAAAUAACCUACCCGAAUGUGUUUGAUGAGGGAACAGCAACUCAUGUGGUUACAGCAGUGCUGUACGGGGCUCAGGCUUUCUUUGUGUUUGAUCAAGAGGUCUCUUCGACAGAGAACAUACGGGAUAUUCAGGGUAACCUGGAGGGGAUGAUUAAAAAAAUUCCUUGUAUUGCAGUUGAGGGUCAGAUCUCCCUAGAAUUGACAGAGGAACAAAAAUCCAAUGUCCAAAAAUUCAGCUGCACCUUUUAUGGAGAUUUCUUCCUGGAAAACAAUCCCAGCACAUUCCAAGAUGCUAUCAAAAUCUGCACAACCCUCCCAAAGUUACUGGGAGCGGAUGGAGAGCACGCAGUGCCCAUGAGAGUCUGGCUCUACCCACUCGACAAACUGGACUCUAAAGCUGCUCAACUGGUACGGGACAUAAGUAUUGGAUUGGUCAAUGACUGCCAGUCUGUGCUGGAGCAGCUCAAUGAGAUGGUGAUGAGAUGUAAUGAUAUGUUGAAAGACAGUAUCAUGGUUCAAUUUCCAGAGGUUGGGAACAGGAUACUGAAAUUUCGAGAGAUGUGUCAGGAGUAUAAACUGGUUUUCCAGAAGGCUUUAUGCAGACUGUUGCCGCCUAUCCGUGGAGGUGGUGCAGAGGAAGGGUUGCUGGUAGAUAUUCUGAAGAACAAGGAACGGUCACCGUUCAAACACCAGGCACUGGUCAAAUGGCUCGAUGGUAAGGAGCGGGAAAUGAAUGUGCUGAGAUCAUUUCUCAUAAUAUUGAAAGAUAUACCCGUUGUGAAAUCGAGGGGUGAGAUGGAUAGGGAACUCUUGGAUCCAGAGACAGAGAAUGUGGUCUGUUUCACAUUCACAUCACUGCAGCAAGAGGAUUUCUAUCUGUCAGAAGCAGGCAGAUACCUAAAAUCUCUCACAGCUGAGAAAAUGCAGAUCCCAGAUCCUGCUACCCAGAUUAGUGCAGAACAUCACAACCAGCAGUGGCUUUACUCAGAGUCUGUAUCACAGAAGAUGAGGGAGCUCUCUCGUUUAUUCUGGGAUUUUGCCACAGAAAACAGAGUAGAAGGGAAAACAAAGUUAAUUGUUGCGACAGUGCAGGAUGACAGUAAUGUGGGAUCAUUGAUUUACCUGUGUGAGGGAGGGUUUGUGGUGAAUUGCUGCUUCAAACCCCCAUCACAGCCGGAGAGACCCGUGGUCAGUGGAGUAACACAUGACAGUGCGACUCUCCAAUUACAGCCACCGAGAUGCGGUGCUGGUGAGAUUGUUGGGUACAGGGUGGAAUACCGAAACACCCAACAGGAGGAAUUGAAAACUGUGGAUACACCCAAUGAAUCCAAAUCCUUCACAAUCCCCGGGUUACAGCCGCACCAGAAAUAUCAAUUCCAAUACAGAGCAGUGACCAAGGCAGCGGUCAGCGUGCCCAGUGAGAGCUCCAGUGUCACCACACGUCCCACAGGCCCACCUGGUAAACCCUCCACACUCCAGGUUGACUGGUGUGACGUAACACUCACCUGGGAAAGGCCGACUGAGAUUGGAGCCAGUGUUAAUAUUGUUCAGUACAGGAUAGAAUAUAGGGAAGGAAAGGCAGUUCGCUCCAACACAGAGAAUGGAUUGUGGGAGGAAGUAAAGACAAGAGGCUGUGAAUGUCAUUGUACUUUAGAGGGACUGAAACCCAAGACAUGCUACAGACUGCGAGUGUCUGCUGACUGUGGAGAAGGUGGCUAUAGUGAACCAAGUGAGGAGGUUCUCAUAGAAACAGAAAAUCAACCCAAGAGACUGGCUGUGAAACUUCAUAAAGAAAGUACAUUAACAACCAAAGGGAACCCUUCCUUUUACACACUGCGCUUACAGAAGAAGAUACUGGACAAAGCUGGACACCUUGUACGUUGCACCUUUGGAAAACCCUCCAAAAAACACAGUGGAAGGACAAUCAUGGUCCUUGGAGCAACAGGAGCAGGAAAAACAACCCUCAUCAAUGGAAUGAUCAAUUACAUCCUGGGUGUGAAAUGGGAGGACAACUUCAGAUACAAAUUGAUCAAUGAAGGGACAGGAAGAUCCCAGGCUGAAAGUCAGACAUCAUCAAUCACUGCCUAUCAACUGCACCAUCGAGAAGGAUUCCAGAUUGAUUACUCUCUCACUAUCAUUGACACUCCAGGGUUUGGAGACACCAGGGGGAUAUCCCGAGAUAAAUUGCUCACUGAGCAGAUCCAAGAGUUCUUCACUUCCCCAGAUGGUGUUGAUCAGAUCGAUGCUGUGUGUUUCGUUGCUCAAGGCUCUAUGGCUCGUCUGACCCAUACACAGAAAUAUGUCUUUGAUUCAAUUCUUUCUAUUUUUGGCAAAGACAUUGCAGAGAACAUCAGAAUCCUGGUGACAUUUGCAGAUGGGCAGAUUCCGCCUGUUCUGGAGGCCAUCAAUGUUGCUGAGGUACCGUGUCCCAAAGAUGAAAAAGGUUUUCCAGUUCACUUCAAGUUCAACAAUUCGGCCAUAUUUGCUCAAAGACCAAUUUCUGGUGACUCUGUCAAUAAGAGGGACCCUGAUGGUAGCAGUGAGGAGGAGGAGGAGAGCAAUAGCUUUGAUGCAAUGUUCUGGAAGAUGGGAUCAAUCAGCAUGAGGAAAUUCUUUUCAGCUCUGAGCAAAAUGGAAACAAAGAGUUUACGUUUGACAAAGGAGGUCCUGAGAGAGAGGCAGCAGCUGGAGGCUGCGAUAGAGGGAUUGCAGCCUCAGAUUAAAAUGGGGUUGACUAAAGUGGAGGAGCUCAGGAAGACACAACAAGCUUUGAACCAACAUCAAGUCGAUCUGGAUGCAAACAAAGAUUUUGAGUAUGAGGUUGAAGUCACAGUUCCGGUACAGACUGAUAUCAGUGGGAGUGGUCAUUUCAUAACUAACUGUCAGAAAUGUCACUUCACCUGCCACUAUCCUUGUGCCAUUCCUAAUGAUAGUGAUAAAAGGGGAUGUGCAGCAAUGGGGCACAAUGGAUACUGCAGAGUCUGUCCAAGUAAAUGUGUGUGGUCUAUUCAUUUUAACCAAAAGUACAAGUUUGACUAUGAAACCAGAAAGGAGAAGAAAACGUAUAAAGAGCUAAAGGAAAAAUAUGAGAAAGCAUCUGGUGAAAAGAUGACACAAGAAAAGGUCAUGAAGAAACUUCAGCAGGAGUUAGAUGGUGUGCAGCAAGUGGUUUUCAAACUGAUUGAAACAUCAUCUCAGUGCAUUUUAAGACUUGAGGAAAUAGCUCUCAGACCAAACCCAUUAUCAACUCCAGAAUACAUUGACCUGCUGAUUCAAUCUGAGAAAGAGGAGGCGAAACCGGGAUUCCUGGAGAGAAUCCAGUCACUGAAUGAAGUCAAACAACAGGCUGAGAUAAUGGCAAAAAUAUCCAAGCAAGAGGAGCUGUGCCCAAAAGAAUAUGGAGGCAAAGCAACAGAAGGUAAGAGAGGACUUCAGGCAAGAUUGAAAGAGAAGUUUUCUGACGUGUGCAAUUGGUUUCAGCUUUCAAAAUAAUUCACAUCUCAGGCUGGAAUAAAUUAAGACAACAAUGAAACAUUUAGUCAACAAAUGAUGUCGUUCACUUGUUUCCAAUGUCUGAAGCAAAUAGUUAGCUCGUUAAUAAAAGAAUUUCUCUCCAAAAAAAUUUCCUAAUUCUACUUCGCUGAUUGAACCAACUCAAUCCAGCUGUAACCAAAAUAGAAGCAAUUAUUGCCUGGCUUCAUAUUAAUUUCAAUGAUUUAAAUUCCUCACUCCAAUUAUUUCCUGUGUGGAGAGUGAGAUGUUCACUGGCAGAUCUCCUGUGACAUUGUGACCGUCAACCCUGGUUUGAAACUGCUCCAAAUAAUAAUAUUGGAACAUGAGAAAUAGCAUAUGGAACAGAACAUAAAGCCUAUCAAACUGACUUCACCAUUCAAUGUGAUCAUGACUGACCUUCAGCUUUAAUUCAACUUUCCUGUUCACAUCCCUGAUCCUGCAAUUCUCAGAGAUGUCAAUUACGUCUAUGACUCAAUGUUAAAGUGUCUCAGUGAUGUCUCAUCCACCCUCCGUGAUCAAGAAUUUCAAAGAUUCAAAACUCUUUGAGGGAAGAAAUUAAUAAUCAUUUCUGCUCAAAAUAAUUCUGCCUUCAUCCUGAAACUGUGUUCCUAUAUUCUGUACUUCCCAAACAUUGGAAACAAUCUUGCAAUAUCUGUUGUAAGUCCAUUCCAAAUCUUGAUUUUUCCUGUGAGUUUUUACCCCUUGGAGAGUGACCUCAGUGACAGGAAUGUGGUUGCCUCUUGACAGGUUUAGUUGUAAGGUUAUGUUCAUCUUGGUGGGUGGGUAAUGGUCCAGCUGUCCCACUUGCUAACCCCUUGCCCCCAGUCCACCAGCUGAUGAAUCAGUGCCGACACAUUGAACAGCACUUGGGUGAAACAAUGAGGGAUGGAAGGGCACAGAAUGUACUAUGGGAGGGGAAUUUCAAUGUGCGACUGGGCAGCACCAUGACUAAUCAAUCUCUAAAGGAUAUAGCAACUGGAGUGGAGCUGCAGCAGGUAAUGAGGGAAAAACAUAACCUUCUCAACUCAUGAUAGUGCAAGAUCGCACAUUGUGCAAUCGAGGAUUGAGUUAGAUCAAGAUGUUUUGCAUCCAGAGACAGAGAAUGCGGUCUACUUCACAUUAACAUCACUGCUUCAAGCAGAUUUUUAUCUGCCAGAAGCAGAUAGCCAACGUCAAUCUAUCUGCCAAGAGCUACUUCCAAAAAAAAAGACUUUGAUUCAAUCCUGACCAAUUUUGGCAAAGAAAUUGCAGAGAAUAUUUCUUUGGGUUGGACAUAAGCAAUAAUGUGCUAAUGUGCCUCCAGGCAUUCCACAGUCAUGUGACCUCAACCAUGAGGACUCACUGUUGAAUCAAGACUCAGUACAGGCCAGCCUGCUUCCUGUGGGCUCCUAAAACAUCCCAAUCCUAGCGACAGUCUCAGGUGGUCAGGUUCUCUCCUGCUGAGGAGGCUAUCUAUAUUGCUGCAUGUCCAAAAGAUUAAAAAAAAUUCCAUUUCACCUCAGUUUCGACAAUUCACCGACAUUGAUCCAAAGAUCAGAUUCUGGAAGCUCUGGUCCCAAGAGGAACCCCAAGGAGAACAAUUUUCAAACUGAAAUUCCAACUAUUCCAGUUGUUAAUUUUUCCAAACUAAAGAAGGCUGUGAUUUGCAUUUGGAAGUAAAAUAAUACCCUUUCUCUGAGAAUUUUAUAACGUCAAUUCUUUUCUUUCAAUGUUAUUUAUGGUAUCACUUCGAUGCCUCAUUGUAUCUCCACCUUGUGAAUUUGGCUUUUGUUGCACUCAGAUAUUCAUUGGUAUGUGGCUCAAGUGAUAAUGUGCAUGUGAAUACUCUCUAGGAUUUUGAAAAGCAUCAAGGGUAGGAGGAGAAAGUGGGAAUGGGACAUUAUGAUAGAGGAUCAAACAGGAUCGUGAUGAAUUGUGGAGCAGGCUCAAAGGAACAAAUGGUCUAUUCCUGCUCUGAGUUUCUGUGUUGCUCAGAGUCAGGCUUAUGUUGCUAAUGCUAUCUUCUUGCUGGUGGACCUCUUAAUGUUCCAUCCCUGGAUAACAAUGUUUCUGGUAUUGAUGAUGGUCUUUUCUAUGUUCCCAGUUCUGGUGAUGGUUGAACAUUGUCUCCGUCUUUUCAAAUUUUCCUGCCAGUUUCAGUCAAAAUGAUGUAUGAACUUGGUAUCUCGGCAUCAGCAAUCGCUUUUGCUCAGCUCCAAGCAUUUAUGCUUGGAUCCUGUGCAAGUAUAGUUUGUUCAUUAAACAGUGCAGGUCACUUUUGAGCAUGUUUAUUGAAGUAUUUACAUCCUUCUUCCUCUGCUCGAGUGAGUUGAUGUCCCGCUUCCUCCUGGUCAGCUGGAGGAUGUAUUUUGCUUGAUCAGUGGUCUUACACCUUCUUCCAAUCAACAACUCUGCAGCUGGUUUCAUGUCUGUCUUGAGGGCUGUGGGUCAAAGUGACUAUAAGGCAAGGUUUGGGUAUCCCUUUGUCGCUCAGCAUUUUGCAAGUGUUCCAUUGAUCAUCUGGUCACAUCUUUCUCUUAAAGUAAUGAUGUUGAACCCAACCUUUUCAGUGAUAUCCUUUACCCAUUAUAUAAAAAGGGGUAAAUUUGGAGCUGUAGACUGUGGCUCUGAGAUAUGAUUCUUCAUUGCAUGUGAAGAAACCAGCUCCCACACUGUGCAAUGGUCUGGAUGGCACCUCAGUAGCUAUCAUUCCUCUUUCUGUAUAUCUAACAUACAUUGCAUGAAGACACAAAUUUUAAAUAUCUUUAUAAUGCUGAUCCAAUACACAGCUGAUUUGGUUGUGAGCUUAUACUUCUCUAUUCCGAUGUGAUCAUCAUAUAUUUUAUGGUCAUUCCUGAAUUUUUUGGCUAUGAUUAUUCUGGAUCCCGCCAGUGGGAAUACCAUCUUCCACUGAGCCAUCAUCCUGAUAGACCAGAGCAGCCGUAUUGCAGGCUGCUGCAAUUGAUCAGGCCAUCCCUGGAUCUCCUGCUGAUGAAGCAUUUGGAACUCCUUGAAUUUGUUGAUCUCCCCUCUAAUCUGCUUCAGUUUCAGAGCAGUGUCACCUUCACAACAGGGUGAGAAUUUACACUUCGAUUUUCUAUCCUGUGUUUCUCCUGUGACAAAGGCAUGAUGCUCAGUGGUUAGCACUGCAGCCUCACAGUGCCAGGGACCUGGGUUUGAUUCCACCCUCGGACGACUGUCUGUUUGCACAUUCUCCGUGUGUCAGCGUGGGUUUCCUCUGGGUGCUCCGGUUUCCUCCCGCAAUCCAAAGAUGUGCAGGUUAGGUGGAUUGGCCAUGCUAAAUGGCCCGUUCAGGGAUAUGUAGAUGAGAGAGAUGGUUCUGGGUGGGAUGCUGUGUGUGUCGGUGUGGACUUGUUGGGCUGAAGGGCCUGUUUCCUACGCUGUAGGGAUUCUAUUCUAUGAUACUGAGAAUCAGGUGUGUGCCAGCUCCAUUUCUCUUCCCAGCUUGUAUUUCAGUUUGGUAUUGUAACUCCAAGACCCCAAGAAAAACAUGGAUCGUCUUGCUAGUGCUUUCUUGUGGGUUUGCACCAUUUAUCAUGAUGAACAUCCUUACAUCGACAUCAACAUCGAAAUUCUCACAUCUAUAUAAGUGCUCCUUUUAUAUUGGCAUCUCUGAUCUCAUCCGAGAAUGAGCUUUGAAUGUUAAUACUGCUGUCUUUGCUUUCCUGUCCUCUAUUUGUAGAGGGGCAUGUUUCUUUCUCUUGGAGUAGAAUAAACUUAACAAAUGUCAUAUUACCUUUUGGAGUUUCUUUGAACUUCUGUCACAUGACUCUGACAAAGAGCACAUGAAACCUUCUUAUUAUGUGUUGUGACACAUUUGAUGUGAUGGAGCUUGUGUAUCAAGUCAAGUCAAGGAAAAUUCUCAACUCUCUCAGCAUUGCUAGUCCCUUUCAGCAAACUACCAAAUGGCAGUCUCUACUUCAGUUUAAACUUUUUGAAUGCCUGUAAGAUACAAUCAGCUUCUUAAUUCAUUGUGAGCUUCAGCAGUGCAUUCUGCUGUGUCUGUCAAUGUUUUUCUUUUUCAUUUCUGCACAAUUCAAGAUAUUUUCCUUCUGGCAUUAACGGGGGUUGCUUUUCCAAACCAGUAUUACAAACCAGUACAAACAGUAUUACAAACCAGUUCAUACAGCCUCACAUUUUAUUAUCUUGGAUUCUCCAGCAUCUGCAGUUCCCGUUAUCACUGUUACAUUAAUUUAAAAUGGUUUUGGCUUAGUCACAAGCACUUACUGCCACUAUACCAUGUAUUCUGGUUUUCUUUGUUUCCCAAAUGUUAGAAAUAAUCAGCUCGUAAAUGUGCAAAGAUGAGAAAUUUUGGCGUAAUAUUUGCUGUUUGGCUUGGUUCUCUUACAUAUGCUUCUUUCAUCCAGCCUGGAACAUUUAGACAUCAGUUGAUUUCUAGGUAAGUAGUUCCUAGCCCUUUUCACACAAUAGAAUAGUAACUAACACAAGUACUGCCUUAGUAAAAGACAGAGGAGCUAAACUUACAUGAACAUUUGGACUCAACUUUUGCUAUAAUUAUAUGGAACUGUUUCAUUUAUUCAGAUUGUUUCCUUCAAAUAAUGAUUCAUAUGCUGUUGCUUGUGUUCACUUAUUAGACAAUAUUAUUUCAGGGAACAUUGUUUUCUUUGUUAAAUUUUAAAAUCACACAUAGCCGCUAUCUUUUUCUAAGGUUAUAUUCUGAAUUUCCUUUUGUAAGUGUGGAAUUUGAAUUAUAGAAUAAGCAAAUGUUUGUAUUCUGGUUAAUCUUAUUUGAAUAGGCUUUGAUAUUAGGUUUGCAACAAGUGUUUCUA